AUGUAUCCCCCACAGGCUCUAUUCAAGGACGAAUUAAACGACGAUAGCCCCCAAUCCAGUCCAUUGCCUAGUCCAAAAUCUAGUCCGCUUUUGCCAAGGAUUGAUUUUGCUGAAGCUUUCACUUGCAUUUAUCGUGACAGCCCCCAAAACUCUUCUCCACCCACCAGCCUUUGUCCCUCAUCACCCCAAAGCAACAAAGAUUCAUUAGAAUUCCAGGAAACCUCCAUCACUUCUUCUGGGCCCCCUGACUUUGAUCCAGUUGGGUCACACGUGAGAAGGCGGGAGGGCCAACAUCAUGUAAAACGACAGUCAAUCCACCACCCCUAUAUCCGUAAAACUCCCCCCACUCCGCAGGCAGAGCGCAAGAUGGCAAGCCUGAUGGGGAAAGUAGCUGAAGACUUGGGCCACAAUGAUGAAUCGGUUCGCAAAAUAUUCUCUUGGGGCCUACAGAAGAUGUCUGCUGAAGGUAUCCACCAUGCUGCUUAUUACAAGGAAGCAGAACUUGAAUACCACAGGCAUCUCUCGAUGACCCUGGCUUGGGAGGCAGAGAAGCUCUCGCGGCUCAAGCAUUUUCUCAACGAGGAACAGCAGCUACAAGCGGACAAGACCACUGAAGCAUUUGAAGAAGCAGCACUCUUUACAUGCAUGAUCGUUGAUCAUGACUCAGAGCGCACUUCCAAGGAUUUGGAUUCUGUCACUGCAACUCACAAGGACGAGAUGAAAAAGAUGAAUGAGUUGAACACUGAGCUCAACGAGCUUGAUAUAUUUCUUUCCCCACACUUACCAUCCCCUCACAAUGCUGCCAGCGACAUACAUGUCAACACCAAAGAUGAGCUGGCAGGAAAGCUGCAAUGUUCUCUCGACUUUCGACUAAAUUCUAUGUUGUAUGCCACUGUUUGUCUGCGCUUGACCACCAUGCCCUCAAAUACUUCAUCUCGACGAAGAGUCAUCCGUGAUGUGCCCAUCGUUCGACAAACUGGGCUCAAUAUCGCUGGUCAUUCGUCGGAAGACCAGCUUGGUUGUGCAUCGGAAACACCGGAUUCAAUGGGGAUGCCUCCGUUGCCCCCUCACAUCAAUCCUCCCCCCGUUUUCUCCCAUGACAGCUACAGCUCUAUGCCACCCAAUCAUCAGGGUGGUGUACCUUUACCGAGGGCAUCACAUUUCACUGGGGAGCCCCCUCGUGCUACAGGACCUGAUCGAGUACAUCGAUCGUUUGCACCUUCGGGUGACGUUGCAUCGCGUUAUCGUAUGGUGUAUGCAUAUGCACCUCUUCGUGGUGCCGAACGCUCGCGUCAAGAGUAUACUGACGGUGUCAUAUAUAGAGACCAAACUACAGGAAUACAGAAAUCAGUGACACGCCGCUAUCCACUACCUCCUGUUAGACCCCCGCGGGAAUCUCUAGCGGCUGAUUCGGACACCAUGCCCACUGCCACCACUCCAAAUGCAUCUACAUCAUCUACUAUUGCGACUUGUACGAGUCGCCGACAAGACGAACCGAGUUCGGAUGUCAUUACGAAGCCUGUGGUGAGCAAAACGCAGUUGAAAGUCGUUGUGAAGGAAGCAAAGGACUACGUGGUCUCCGCUACACUCAAUAAGUGCGGAUUCCGAGAUUCUAUAGGUCGCAUGGACGUGGUUCAUGAAGCGCUCACUGAGGCAUUUUCGUUUGUCAUUGACAAUGAUCGCGGGAUCAGACUAUGGAUUGACGACAAUGUGAAUAUGCUAUACAAAUCUGUCGUCACGCCGAUGUCAACGAUUCUGAAUCGCUUCAAGAAGUGCGCGCAGGAUCUUGUCGAAAAUGUUUACGGGCUUGAUACAUCAAUUUGGACCGACGAAACGGUCCGCGCCAAUCACAACAAAACGACGGUCGAUUUCCUCACCAGACAAGGUAGCCUUAACUUUAUAUUUGGUGAUAUACUCGAAAAUGGCCGCAAGAUCCGCUAUCCAUUCGAGCACAAGGCCAUCAUUCAGAUCACAGUUCACGCUGCCUUUCGCGACAGCUACCACAAGUUUAUCGACUCUGACAAGAGCCUCGACAAUAUCAUGUCAAUGUCGGCAGCGGCUGCUUGUUGCAGUCUGCAAGAGUUUGCAACUGGUGGAGGGCAAUGUAUCAAAAUCUACGUAGCGGAGCUCGUUGAUCAGUAUAGCUUGCUAUCACCCUCUGCUUCUGAUGUCAUGCAGUUCCACUGCGAUCUCAAGGAAGGAUCAUUGUUGUGUUACGCCAAAUUCGCUCCCUCGCAUCCUUGGAACACACAUUAUAUUUUGAUGGAGAAGGUGAAGAAUCAUGCAGACACCAUGAUUAAUUCUCUCUUCUUCCGUGUGCUUUUUGACUAUGCAUCUGCUUUUCAUCUAUAUCCACUAAAUAUCGAAUUGAUUAGUGGUUCUCCGUCUAAUCGCUCGAGUGGAGGCUGA